UUAGUUGCCAGACCAUGCACCGGCACGUGUGUCCCUGCGUGUAAACUACUGAUGGGGGGCGAACAAAAAAAAUGUCUGAAGAACAUACACAGACGCUAACCAACAACAGUCGAUGCCACCAGGAUUUAUGCAGUUUCUUUUAGAUUUUCGUGUACCUCAACGUGGAAUAUCAAAGCUGUUGUUAUUGUUUUGAAGCAUAUCAAAGGUGGCCUUUAGCACCUAGAGCAACACAUCUCCAAAGAGGCAAGAAGACCAGAUAUGGAGUGAAGUUAAUGUUUUUUGCUCUCACCAAGAGCUGUUUUUCUCACUCUCCCUCGCAAUCUCUCAUCCCAUCUGCUGGAGCACUUAUGCCAAGGCUGUUUCAUAACCAGACAUUCAUCUCUUGUCCGCACUACUUUGAGUGACACUUUCCUUCAGGAUAGUUAAAGAUAAUUUGCUGUCUUUCUGGAAAGGCAGCCUUUGCUUUUUGAUCAUUUGAAAGAUUUUCCUGCCAUUUGCACAUUUUGAAAAACUCUCAAAAAAUAAGGGCUCACAGCCCAAAACGCUUUCAUUUAACAGGCUUUUGGCUGGAGAUACCAUGAAUUUCUCUCCUUAGUUCUUUUAACCAGCAAAUAGCAACUAUGAUUCACCUGUGGAUACAUAGUAGCCCCACUUAAAUUUAGGUUGUACCUGUUUUUCUCCUCGGCUGACAUCUUUAGCUGUACCAGCCUCAUCCUACUCUAGUAUGAGUUAUGACAACUCUAAAUCAACGCCCAGCAGCAGCACUCGGGGGCGAGUGGCAAGGGCCGACGAGAAAAACAACGACCAGGAAGCAGAGUCUGAGGGGUUAAACUCCCCGAAAACCAGCGGUGGUCAGCCCAGUGCCAAUGUCGCCCCUCAGGAGCAGGGGAGCGGAGCCGGAGGAGGCUCGUCGCCCAGCGGAGGGUCAGGAUCCGGAGUUUCAUCCGGGGACCAAAGGGGGCCUAACUUGGACGAUAUGGACGGCCUCUCCAGCGGGAACGACUCUGGGGAGAGGGAGAGCGAGGGUGGGAUGGAGAGGGAGAACGGGUCACGUGGGCGCCAGUCCACGCACAGCUCCCACAGCUCCAACGGCAAGGACUCCGGCAUGAUGCUGGAAACCACGGAGAGCAACAAAAGCUCCAACUCCCAGAGCCUCUCACCUCCCAGCGGCUCCCUGGCCUACAGCCUGCUGUCGACCAGCUCGGAGCACGACCCCCCCUCCACCUCCGGCUGUAGCAGUGACCAGUCAGCGAGGGUCCAGACCCAGAAAGAGCUGAUGAAGGCCAUCAAGGAGCUGAAGCUCCGCCUGCCAGCUGAGCGCAAGGCAAAGGGUCACUCCAGCACUCUAAAUGCACUCAAAUACGCACUUCAGUGUGUCAGACAAGUCCGAGCUAACAAGGAGUACUACCACCAGUGGAGCGUGGAGGAGUGUCACGGCUGCAGCCUGGACUUGUCCACCUUCACAAUUGAGGAACUUGACAACAUCACCUCAGAAUACACCCUCAAAAACACUGACACAUUCUCCAUGGCCGUGUCAUUCUUGUCAGGGAAGGUCGUGUACGUGUCACCCCAGGGCUCGUCCCUGCUGCGCUGUAAGCCCGAGUGUCUCCAGGGGACGAUGUUCUCUGAGCUCUUGGCCCCGCAGGAUGUCAGUACUUUCUACAGCGGCACGGCUCCCUGCCGCCUGCCCCCUUGGGCUUCCUGCAUCGGAUCUGCCUCUCCUCCAGUCGACUGCACUCAGGAGAAGUCCAUGUUCUGUCGGAUCAGCGCCGACCGGACGCAGGGCGGCGAGAUGCGCUACUACCCGUUCCGCCUCACGCCGUACCAGCUCACUCUUAGAGACUCAGAUGCUGCUGAACCACAGCCCUGCUGCCUGCUCAUCGCAGAGAGGGUCCACUCUGGAUAUGAAGCUCCUCGUAUCCCUCCAGACAAGAGGAUCUUCACCACCAGUCACACUCCCAGCUGCCUCUUCCAGGAGGUUGAUGAGAGGGCAGUGCCGUUGUUGGGCUACCUGCCUCAGGACUUGGUGGGAACCCCCAUCCUGCUCUACAUCCACCCCGAGGACAGGCCGAUGAUGGUGGCCAUUCAUGAGAAGAUCUUUCAGUUUGCUGGGCAGCCGUUUGAGUAUUCACCCCUGAGAAUGUGCGCUCGCAGUGGGGAGUAUCUGACCAUCGACACAAGCUGGUCUUCCUUUGUCAACCCCUGGAGCAGGAAGGUAGCGUUCAUCGUAGGGCGACACAAAGUCAGAACGAGCCCUCUAAAUGAAGACGUGUUCACCGUGCCGCAGGGCUGCGAGAGCCGGGUCACCACCCCCGACAUCGUCCAGCUGAGCGAGCAGAUCCACCGGCUGCUGGUGCAGCCGGUGCACAGUGGCGGCUCUCAAGGCUACAGCUCGCUGGGGUCCAGCGGCUCGCGGGGCUCCCGCCGAUCGCACCAACAGCACCUCAGUGCCUCAGCCACCUCGUCCAGCGACAGCAACGGCCCCGCCGUGGAUGAGGCCGCCGCUGCUGUCGCUUUACACAAACCUAUGACGUUCCAGCAGAUCUGCAAAGACGUUCACAUGGUCAAGACAAACGGACAGCAGGUUUUCAUCGAGUCCCGUAACCGGCCACCGCCCAGAAAAAACACCAGCGCAGGCACAACAAACAUCAGAGCCAUCAGCAGCGACCCAAUCAGAGGUCUGAUAGCAGACAUGACAAAACCACCCAAAGCUUUGGUCCCCGCGCCGCUCAUACAGAAGGAUCCUCCAACCGGCUACUCCUACCAGCAGAUCAACUGUCUGGACAGCAUCAUAAGGUACCUGGAGAGCUGCAACAUUCCCAACACAGUUAAACGGAAGUGUGGCUCCUCCUCCUGCACCGCCUCCUCCACGUCUGAUGACGACAAACAGCAGGAGGCCAGUGGCAACAAUAAAGGUGGUUCAGUUAGCCUCGUAGGUGAACCACCUCCUCUGCCCCCGCUGACCAUGGCCGCAAAGGCAGAGAGUGUAGCCUCAGUCACGUCCCAGUGUAGCUUCAGCAGCACCAUCGUGCACGUGGGAGACAAGAAGCCUCCUGAGUCAGACAUCAUCAUGGAGGAGGCUCCUGCAACUCCCACGCUGGCUCCUCCUCCAUCUAUUACGACACCAACUCCCCCCGCUUACGGCCCAACACCUGCCAAUGCAGCCAUCACCCCUCCUCACCCUCCUCCUCCUCCUACUCUUCCUCUUCCUCCUCCUCCACCCCCUCCCCCGCCUCCUUUCCCCCAAGCCGCGCAGCCGGAGAGGGACAGCCGGAGAAGUGGAAGUGUCGGAGGAGGCGGAGGUGGACGGCUGGGUCUGACAAAGGAGGUGCUCUCCGCCCACACCCAGCAGGAGGAGCAGGCGUUCCUCGACCGCUUCAAGGACCUCAGCAAGCUGCGCGUGUUCGAUCAGACGCCGUCCUCGACUGUGCGAUGUCACACCCCAGCUGCCAACCCUCUGUCACGAGGAGUGCGUUGUUCCCGUGACUACCCUGCUGCAGGAGGCAGCACCAGCCACAGACGUGGUCGUGGAGGAAAGAGACUAAAGCACCAGGAGUCACCUGACCAGCACAGCUCUCUGGGCCUGAGCGGGAGCCGCAGAGACCCGAGAACCAGCACAGCCUCCAUGCCCCUCAACAUGCCUCUCGGACCCUCGACAAACUCCUCCUCCUGGCCCUCUGUGGGCUCCCAGGCCAGCAUCCCGUCAGCCCCUUUCGCCCCCGGUAUGCUUCCGAUCUACCCAGUUUACCCGCCGCUUACGCAGGCCUUACCCAUCCCAGACCCAUCACGCUUCCCCCCUACCCAGAUGGUUCCUCCUAUGAUGGCCCUGGUCCUGCCAAACUACAUGUUCCCCCAGAUGGGAGCGCCCAUCUCUCAGCCAGGCGCCACCCCGGGACACUUCUACAACCCUAACUUCACGUACCCCAGCACCACCCCGGCCGUCGUCCCCUCCGUUGUCUCCAACCCCAUGCCCAUCCCCGGCACCUGCGCCCCAUCUCGUAGCAGCACCCCGCAGUCCUACAGUCAGACACCCGCCGACCGCGAGGGCGCGGAGUCCCCCCUCUUCCAGUCCCGAUGCUCCUCCCCCCUCAACUUGUUGCAGCUGGAGGAAUCUCCAAGCAACCGGUUAGAGGUUGCCACGGCCUUGGCGGCGUCACAGCAAGCCACGCCUUCUGCGCAGGGCGGUCCAGCCGGAGGACAGAGCUCAGCCAAUCAGGGGAGCUCUGAUGAUACCUCCAAGGAGAAUGAGAAUGGUGAAGCAAAUGAGUCCAACCACGAUGCGAUGUCCACCUCCAGUGACCUGCUGGACCUGUUGCUGCAGGAGGACUCCCGCUCAGGCACCGGGUCAGCUGCCUCUGGCUCCGGGUUCUCGGGGACGAGGUCCUCAGGUUCAGGCUCUGGCUCAAACGGCUGCAGUUCCUCUGGCACCAGUGGCACCAGCAGCAGUCAGGGCAGCCACACCAGCAAGUACUUUGGCAGCAUCGACUCGUCCGAGAACGACCACUCCCGCAAACAGCCAGCAGGUGGCAGCAGCAGUGCCGGGGGAGAUGGUGGCGAGGAGCAGUUCAUCAAGUGUGUCCUCCAGGACCCCAUCUGGCUGCUGAUGGCCAACACAGAUGACAAGGUCAUGAUGACGUAUCAGCUGCCCGUCAGGGACAUGGAGACGGUGCUGCGAGAGGACCGCGAGGCCUUGAGGAGCAUGCAGAAACAUCAGCCACGCUUCACUGAGGAGCAGAAGAGGGAGCUGAGCCAGGUUCACCCCUGGAUUCGCACAGGACGCCUGCCACGAGCCAUCAACAUCUCUGGCUGCACAGGCUGCAAGUCUCCCCCCUCUGUGCCUGCGGCCGCCCCCUUCGACGUGGAGAUCCACGAGAUGGAGCUGUGCAGCGUGCUGAAGGCUCAGGAGGAGGGCGCCGGCAGGGGCAAGAAAAAUCUGACAGAAGCGGCCAUGGAUGAAGCUCACCCAGAGGACGAGGACGAGGAGGUGGAGGAGAAAGGAACCAAAACACAAGACUGCAACCAAGACAUGACGGCAGAGGAGCAGAGAGCAACCUCAGAGGCCGCGGAGGAGAAGGUGGAGGCUCAGCCGCCCGAGUCUGACAUGACUCACUGAAGUAGGUGGCCAAAGAUAAACACUAUCAUGACCUUUCUACGCUGAUAUGCAGAGGAUGUGCACCUACCAGGAGUUUGUGUGUGGAAA